AUUCUAUUCAUGUUACUCCUUAAAUCUGUUCGCACAACGUGCCUUGCUCCUCUAUUAACGCAAAUCUCACGACGAACAAUCAGCACAACAAUGGCGAAGCAGGCAAGACAUCGUUUUGCGCCGCUAGGCCAAAAAGCCAACGCAGAAGCCGGCCAGAUGCAACUUCAAGGCAUUAUAUUCGACAUGGAUGGCACAUUAUGCAUGCCUCAAAAUCACAUGUUCAAGUUGAUGAGGGAUUCCGUUUCCAUCCCCGCCGAUCAGGACAUCCUCGACUACAUCCACAGCCUACCGCCGCGAGAGCAAGACGAGGCAUUCGACAAGAUCAAGGCGAUUGAAAGCCAGGCGAUGGCGGAGCAGGUUCCGCAGGCGGGUUUGGUCUCGCUGAUGGAGUUUCUCGAUCGCGAGGGCGUGAAGAAGGGGAUUUGCACGCGGAAUUUCGACGCACCCGUCACGCAUCUCCUGCAAAAUCACAUCCCGAGCCACAUCAACCCCUUCUCCCCGAUCGUAACUCGCGACUUUCGCCCGCCGAAGCCCAGCCCGGCAGCUCUGUGGCACAUUGCUCGCGCGUGGGGAUUAGAUGCCGACGAGAAACAACGCUCGGCUGGCGAGAGGAAAGAUCUCUUACCGUUGGUUAUGGUUGGCGAUUCGAUUGACGACAUCACGGCUGGCCAUGCGGCUGGUGCUCUGACUGUUUUGCUCCGGAGUAGCGGGAAGGAAGAGCUUGAGGAGCGGGCGGAUGUUGCGAUUGAUCGGCUUGAUGAGUUGAUCGGUCUGCUGAAGCAGGGACUGACGUCUCAAAGAUCGUGAAUGACAUUCAUACGAUGAUAGAUGUACAGACAGAGUUUCAAUCCACUGGCCUACGCCCUCGCACUCUGCUGCAGCAUAUAAAUCCGUCUUCAUCUCCUUGCAUUCAAUGCAUUCCAGAAG